AAGUGUCAACAGCAAGUGAUCAAAAUUUGGUGGAGUGUACAAAUAUUUACAGUGAAAAAUACCGUUAAAGCGUAAAAUAAAAAUCAUAAAAAUAUGAGUGCCUUAUUAUCCUAUUUAUUGUGCGCAAGCGCCGUUAUACUCACGCUGGCAGCACCGCAGUACGUCGAUCCUUACGCGACGUCGAAUCCACAGUUUGCACAGCUGAGCACCACACCAUAUACAGGGUAUGGCACAAAUAUUCGCAUAUGGCCAUGGGUUAUUGGGCAAUAUACCUACCCAAGUAACCAGUAUUAUUCAAACUCCUGGAAUACUAAUACGAAUCCUUCCAGCUUUCCAUAUGGUUAUAAUCCAUACAACCCCGCUAACACCUACAACCCUUACAGCAACUACAACCCCUACGGCAACACCAACAACUACAACAACUACAACCCGUAUAACCCUUACAACAGAAAUACGGGCACGAACACCUAUUGGAACGGCUUCGCGUGGGUAAAUAGUUUUCGCUCGGCGAGUAAACUCAGGAAGUGAAGGUCGAGCUCGUUAGAUAUCUAGAGUAUAUUUACUAUUUAUGUUUGGCAUAUUUUGUGUUAGAAAGUUGAUGAUAUACCAUCUAUUAAUA